AUGAUACACGAAUAUAGACCCCACACAGUACUUAGGGUGAUAGAAGAUAAUAAAAAAUUCAUUUAUAAAAAGGAACAUGUAGACCAAGAUAAUAAUAACAAUAAAUUUGAUAAUGAUACAAAAAUUAAGGAAAUAUAUAAGAGACAAAACGAUUGUCAUUAUAAUGAUUAUCCUAAAUAUAUAGAAGAAAAUAAAUAUAAAUCUGAUAAAGAAUAUACAAAUAAAAAUAAGAGAGAUAUAUAUAUAUAUAAUGAAAAGGAUAAUUUUGAAUAUAUAAAAAAUAAAGAAGAUUUAAAUAAUAUAAAUAAAAAAAAAAAAGGAAAAUGUGAUUGUGAAAUUCUAUGUUUGAAAAAAAGGGAACAAAAUGAUUAUAAUAAUUUUUUUAAUUCCACAAAAUAUAUACCAACAUUAAAAGCUAAUAAAAACGAAUUAAGAUAUUUUUUUCAUAUUAUAAAAAAUAUGAUGAAAAAAAAUAUUCAUAAUAAUGAUAAUAUAUAUAUUCUUCUUAUCAAUUUUUUAUGUAAAAAUUUUCCAUCAUAUAUAGGUCUUUUUGCUCAUUUGUGGUUUGAAUGUAAAAUAUUGUUAGCUGAAAAAUUAAUAAUUGUCGAAUUUUUCAGACAACUUAAAAUUAACUCAGAAAUUAUUUAUCAUUUUUUUAAUUGUGGAUAUGAUUCUUUUGAAAUAUUAUUAUCAAUAUCACCACAUGAUUUAAUAAAUAUACAAAAAUUUAAUAACGUUACAUGGAUACCUGGACAUUCAUUCCGUCUCAAAAUGAUUUUCUCAAAUAUUAAACAUUACUUUAAAAUAUUCAUACAACAAAAUGAUGAUUAUAUCAAAAAAAUUAAAAAUUAUAUUUUACAAAAAAGAAAAAAAAAAACAAAACAUAUAAAUAACUCUAAAUUUAUGAAACAUUAUAAUAAUAACAACAAAAAGGAUAGUACCAAUUUAAAAUUACCUAUACAUACAUUCUUAUCCAUGCAAGCAUUACAUGAUAUGGAUAUUAACAAAACAAACAUAAACGAUCCUCUAUCAUCCAAUGUCAAGUAUUUAAAGUUUAAACCACACGACCUCGUUCACCAAAAUCAAUCAAUAAUUACAGAUUAUCAGUGUUUUCCGCAUCCACUCUGGAAAACCAUAAAUAGUUUUUUUAACACAACUUGUUAA